UGUGUGGUGGACUUCCCUCGCGCUUUCCAGAUGACUUCGAAAAGCGGCGAAGGAGCGUGGAGUGUGGAAGAGUCUCUUCCCAACCGAUGAAUAUUAUUGGCGCAGUAAAGGUGACGAGGAAGGACCGGCAUCUGGAAACAUCGCAUUCUCUUCCCGCCACUUUUAAGCGGGACUACAAGCUGCCUUCGCGGUUUGGAAGUG